AUGGCGUCCCGGAGACUCGCUCUGAACCUUGCGCAGGGCCUUCGCGGCCGCGCCGGCGGGCUUUCUGUGCCAUUCAGGCGGGGUCUAGCAACACCGCAUUCAUCGCCCGCGAUCAAGACCGAGACCACGACCCUCAAGAAUGGCUUGACCGUCGCGACCCAGUACUCUCCUUAUGCCCAGACAUCGACCGUCGGCAUGUGGAUCGACGCCGGUUCCCGCGCCGAGACCGACGAGACCAACGGCACUGCCCAUUUCCUCGAGCAUCUCGCCUUCAAGGGCACUUCCAAGAGGACACAACACCAAUUGGAGCUCGAGAUCGAGAACAUGGGCGCGCACCUUAAUGCCUACACCUCGCGCGAGAACACCGUCUACUUUGCCAAGGCCCUGAACGAGGACGUCCCCCAGUGUGUCGACAUUCUGCAAGAUAUUCUCCAGAACUCGAAGCUCGAGGAGUCCGCCAUUGAGCGGGAGCGCGAUGUGAUCCUGCGCGAGUCCGAGGAGGUUGAGAAGCAGCUUGAGGAGGUCGUCUUCGACCACCUGCACGCGACCGCCUUCCAGAACCAGUCGUUGGGCCGCACCAUCCUCGGCCCCCGCGAGAACAUUCGCGACAUCACCCGGACCGAGCUCGUCAACUAUAUCAAGAACAACUACACAGCUGACCGCAUGGUGCUCGUUGGCGCUGGCGGUGUCCCCCAUCAGCAGCUCGUCGAGAUGGCCGACAAGUACUUCGCUAAGCUCCCGUCCACGGCCCCUGACAGCGGCGCUUCCCUCUUGUCCAAGAAGAAGCCCGACUUCAUUGGCUCCGACGUCCGGAUCCGCGACGACACCCUCCCUACCGCCCACAUCGCCAUCGCCGUGGAAGGUGUUAGCUGGGACGACCCCGACUACUUCACCGCGCUGGUCGCCCAGGCCAUUGUUGGCAAUUAUGACAAGGCCCUCGGCAAUGCUUCCCACCAGGCGAGCAAGCUUAGCGGCAUCGUCCACAAGAACGACCUCGCGAACAGCUACAUGAGCUUCUCCACCAGCUACAGCGACACUGGUCUCUGGGGUAUCUACCUGGUCACCGAUAAGCUCACCAGCAUCGACGACCUAGUCCACUUCUCCCUUCGCGAGUGGUCGCGCCUGUCGGGCCACGUCACCGAGGCCGAGACGGAGCGUGCCAAGGCCCAGCUCAAGGCAUCGAUCCUCCUGUCCCUAGACGGCACCACCGCUGUUGCAGAGGACGUUGGCCGGCAGAUUGUGAACACGGGCCGCCGCAUGAGCCCUGGCGAGAUCGAGCGUAUCAUCGACGGGAUCACCGAGAAGGACGUUAUGGAGUUUGCCAACAAGAAGCUCUGGGACCAGGAUAUCGCCAUCAGCGCUGUUGGCAGCAUCGAGGGUCUUUUCGACUACGCACGGGUGCGGGCCGACAUGAGCAGGAACUAUUAA